AUGUUCACUCAACCCUCAGGUGCUAAGUCUUCUGCUUAAAGCACUCCCUACAAAACUAAAUAUCAUCAUCCAGAAUAAGAGGAAACCAUUUCUGAAGAUGAAUCACAAAUAAAUAAUAUUCUCAAAGCCUUAAAGCAAUAGUAAAAAUAUAUAUAAUUUGAAUUUUAUAGAUAUCUAAUAUUGGACAAUACACUAAAUGAAAAGGAGGAAGAAAAAGCUUAGAUUUUAGAAGACUUACAAAUAUUGAAUCAAAGAUUACAACAAUUAAAUAAAUCAAUUGCUAUAAAGAGAUAAAAAUAUGAAAAAUGUGAUAGGACUUUAAAAGAAGCUGAAUCUGCAUUUGCAACAAUUGCUGAUUCUACUAAGUCUCUAUUAUAGAUUGUCAAAAGUAAUAUAGGAGACAUUAGCAAAAAAUAAAAAAAUUGA